CGCCGGGGCGACGCUCACCGCGCUGGGUCUCCUCGCCCCGGCUGCGCGGUCUCGCGAGAGCUGGGAGUAAACAGCCCCGAAUGGAGGGUCGAGGCGUGUGUUUCGCUGAGGCGCCGUUAUCCGCCGGGAUGACCCGACUUUGAGGCGGCCGCAGUUAGGCUCCCAGAUUGAUCAGCUGCGUUGGACUCUGAAUCUGUGGUGCAGAUGGAGUACAGGACUCAGUUUUAUCGGCCUGAGUGAGAGAAGCCCCAUGUCAGGAUGGAGAGGAAGCGGAGAAAGAAAUGAGACCCUCUCUUCGGGCCAAGCCACGCAAGGCCAUGGGAUUUGACUCGUGUUUACAUUGGACAAGACUGUAAGGCGGCUGAUCGGUAAUGCUGCAGCUUCUAGCCGAAACAAAAAUUCACUUCUAAUCAAGGAAGAAAAAGUGUGAUUUGAAUUUAUGCAAUUUUAUGACCAUACUCACUCAUGACGAUGAAGCUUGUCAACAUCUGGCUGCUUCUGCUAGUGGUUUUGCUCUGUGGGAAGAAACAUCUGGGCGACAGACUAGAAAAGAAGUCUUUUGAAAAGGCCCCGUGUCCUGGCUGUUCUCACCUGACUCUGAAAGUGGAAUUCUCAUCAACGGUUGUGGAAUACGAAUAUAUUGUGGCUUUCAAUGGAUACUUUACAGCCAAAGCUAGAAACUCCUUUAUUUCAAGCGCCCUGAAGAGCAGUGAAGUAGUCAAUUGGAGAAUUUUACCACGCAACAAUCCAUCCAGUGACUACCCUAGUGAUUUCGAGGUGAUUCAGAUAAAAGAGAAGCAGAAAGCCGGUCUGCUAACACUUGAAGGGCAUCCAAACAUCAAACGGGUCACACCGCAGCGGAAAGUCUUUCGCUCCCUCAAGUUCACCGAAUCUGACCCCAUCGUGCCCUGUAACGAAACCCGGUGGAGCCAGAAGUGGCAGUCAUCGCGUCCCCUGCGAAGGGCCAGCCUCUCCCUGGGCUCUGGCUUCUGGCAUGCCACAGGAAGGCAUUCGAGUAGGCGGUUGCUGAGAGCCAUCCCACGCCAGGUUGCCCAGACGCUGCAGGCAGAUGUGCUCUGGCAGAUGGGAUACACAGGUGCUAAUGUAAGAGUCGCUGUUUUUGACACUGGGCUGAGCGAGAAGCACCCCCACUUUAAAAACGUGAGAGAGAGAACCAACUGGACCAACGAGCGGACCCUGGACGACGGGCUGGGCCACGGCACGUUUGUGGCGGGUGUGAUCGCCAGCAUGAGGGAGUGCCAGGGCUUUGCUCCAGAUGCAGAGCUCCACAUUUUCAGGGUCUUUACCAAUAAUCAGGUGUCUUACACAUCCUGGUUUUUGGACGCCUUCAACUACGCCAUCUUAAAGAAGAUCGACGUUCUGAACCUGAGCAUCGGUGGCCCCGACUUCAUGGAUCAUCCCUUUGUCGACAAGGUGUGGGAACUAACUGCUAACAACGUAAUCAUGGUUUCUGCUAUUGGCAACGAUGGGCCUCUUUAUGGCACUCUGAAUAACCCUGCGGAUCAAAUGGAUGUGAUUGGAGUAGGCGGCAUUGACUUCGAAGAUAACAUCGCCCGCUUUUCUUCAAGGGGGAUGACCACCUGGGAACUCCCAGGAGGCUACGGCCGUGUGAAGCCAGACAUCGUCACCUAUGGUGCUGGAGUGCGGGGCUCUGGUGUGAAGGGCGGGUGCCGGGCCCUCUCGGGGACCAGUGUCGCCUCUCCGGUGGUUGCAGGUGCUGUCACCUUGUUAGUGAGCACAGUCCAGAAACGUGAGCUGGUGAACCCUGCCAGCAUGAAGCAGGCCCUGAUCGCGUCAGCCCGGAGGCUUCCUGGUGUCAACAUGUUUGAGCAAGGCCAUGGCAAGCUCGAUCUGCUGAGAGCCUACCAGAUCCUCACCAGCUACAAGCCCCAGGCCAGUUUGAGCCCCAGCUACGUGGACCUGACUGAGUGUCCCUACAUGUGGCCCUACUGUUCUCAGCCCAUCUACUACGGAGGGAUGCCAACCAUCGUGAACGUCACCAUCCUCAACGGCAUGGGGGUCACGGGGAGGGUCGUAGAUAAGCCGGACUGGCAGCCCUAUUUGCCACAGAAUGGAGACAACAUUGAAGUCGCUUUCUCUUACUCGUCCGUGUUAUGGCCUUGGUCAGGCUACCUGGCCAUCUCCAUUUCUGUGACCAAGAAGGCGGCUUCCUGGGAGGGCAUCGCCCAGGGGCACGUCAUGAUCACUGUGGCGUCCCCAGCAGAGACAGAGUCAAAAAAUGGUGCAGAACAGACUUCGACGGUGAAGCUCCCGGUUAAGGUGAAGAUCAUUCCAACCCCCCCUCGGAGCAAGAGAGUCCUGUGGGACCAGUACCACAACCUGCGCUACCCACCUGGCUACUUCCCCCGGGACAACCUCAGGAUGAAGAACGACCCGCUGGACUGGAACGGUGACCACAUCCACACGAACUUCAGGGACAUGUACCAGCAUCUGAGGAGCAUGGGCUACUUUGUGGAGGUCCUGGGCUCCCCCUUCACGUGUUUUGAUGCCAGUCAGUACGGAACUUUGCUCAUGGUGGACAGUGAAGAGGAGUACUUCCCUGAAGAGAUUGCCAAGUUGAGGAGGGAUGUGGACAAUGGCCUUUCACUCAUUGUCUUCAGUGACUGGUACAACACGUCUGUCAUGAGAAAAGUAAAGUUUUACGAUGAAAACACAAGGCAGUGGUGGAUGCCGGACACUGGAGGCGCCAACAUACCAGCUCUGAACGAGCUGCUGUCAGUGUGGAGCAUGGGGUUCAGCGAUGGCCUGUAUGAAGGGGAGUUUACUCUAGCCAGCCAUGACAUGUACUACGCGUCGGGGUGCAGCAUCGCCCAGUUUCCAGAAGAUGGCAUCGUCAUAGCACAGACUCUGAAGGACCAAGGAUUAGAGGUUUUAAAGCAGGAAACAGCAGUUGUUGAAAAUGUUCCUGUCUUGGGACUUUAUCAGAUCCCAGCUGAGGGUGGAGGCCGGAUUGUGCUGUAUGGAGACUCCAAUUGCUUGGACGACAGCCACCGCCAGAAGGACUGCUUUUGGCUCCUGGACGCACUCCUUCAGUACACAGCGUACGGGGUGACCCCUCCCAGCCUCAGCCAUUCUGGGAACCGGCAACGCCCUCCCAGCGGAGCAGGCUCAGUUGCUGCAGAGAGGAUGGAAGGAAACCACCUUCAUCGGCACUCCAAGGUUCUGGAGGCCCACUUGGGAGACCCUAAACCUCGGCCUCUGCCAGCCUGCCCACACUUGUCCUGGGCCAAGCCGCAGCCUUUAAACGAGACAGCACCCAGUAAUCUUUGGAAACAUCAAAAGUUACUCUCCAUCGACCUGGACAAAGUGGUGUUACCCAACUUCCGGUCGAGUCGCCCUCAAGUGAGACCCUUGUCCCCUGGAGAGAGUGGUGCCUGGGACAUUCCUGGAGGGAUCAUGCCUGGCCGCUACAACCAGGAGGUGGGCCAGACCAUCCCUGUCUUUGCCUUCCUGGGAGCCAUGGUGGUCCUGGCAUUCUUCGUGGUACAGAUCAAUAAGGCCAAGAGCCGGCCGAAGCGGAGGAAGCCCCGGGUGAAGCGUCCGCAGCUGAUGCAGCAAAUUCACCCACCAAAGACCCCUUCGGUGUGACCUCCUGUGGCCGACCAUGGAGCCAAAGAGAGCCUCAAAGGGUGGUGUGGGUGGGUGGUGGUGCUGUGGAGAGUUUCCAGGGACUCCGCCUGUGAAAGGCACCCAGUUUCAGCUGCGGGGUUGUCAGAGGCCGUCCUCAGCGGACCUCCAUUCCCGUCGUGCGCGGAGGCUCACCAGACCUGCGACGUGAGGGCGCCCGGCUCCAGCAAGCCCUGACGCCGAGCAGCUGCGUGCACCAAAGACUUGGAGACCUGGCAGAGGCAGCUGGGCUCUCCCGACCUGGGAGGCAGGAGGUAACAACCCUGACCAAGCUCCAAUGUGCUCGUGAAAGGCUAUUUUCUCUAUUUAUUGUUGGGAGAGUCACUUUAGAGACUUGUGCUAUUUGGAAGCAAAGCUAUUUUUUUUGUCAGUGGAAUGCCGUUUUUUACUCUCACUGUUAUCAUCAGGAAUAACACAGAUUCCGCGAUCUCCUUUUUGAUGAAAGGACAGACUGAGAUUCGAAGGAAACUUGCACAAAUCUGUGAGACAUAGGCCUUCGCUUUAUUUUUAUAAGUACCAACUGCCAUCACGUUUUGUAAGUUGGGGUCUUGAUUUCACCAUUGUCGGUGAAGAAACUUUUCAAUAAACAUGCGUUCCCUGUAUGCA